CAAAUAUGUACCCAUUUUAAAACUGCAUAAUCGUUUAAAUUGUAUCAUUUAAAAAAUGGUCGGUUUCAUAAUUGCCACUAAUUUAGAUUUUCUUUUGAUGGCUUUAAAUACAAACAUUAAGUACAGUAUCCGACACGCCCAUAACGUUAAGUCGAUUUUCUUCAGCAAACAAUCGCAGACGACAAACAAACUUGCGCACCUCAUCAGAAAAGUUUGAUCUAAAUUCUUUUAAAUCCAAGAUGUGCUGUAGGGGUGUCUGAUUGUAGCCCACACUUUAAGUCCACUUAAAGAAAGCGGAGAAGGAAGCUGUCUGGUUUCAAUAGAUCAAAGAGAGGUAAUGGUGAAUGGAGUCAUUUGCAAUUAUAAGAAUAAUUAGCAUCCCUGGUCCUACAUUGCUAAUCAGAGUCGGAGGUGACAUGUUUAUGUUCAUGCAAUCAGACGGGCAGUUGGAGAGCUCGCGCCCCCAGGACUCAAUAGGGGCUAAUCAUCAUCAGUACGAAAUGCCAUUUAAACGGUAAAAUAAUUUUAAAUGAAAUUAACAAUCGAGGGAAAAAAAACUACUCAGAAAAAAAGAUAAGCCGGAUUAAACAAAAAGAAAAAGAGCAUAAUCGACAUUUUAUAUGCAAACAUAUGGAUAAACAUCUUAUGACUAUGUUUUAAAUUGGAUACAUAUCCCGUUUUAUAUGCCUGCUAUGCACAUAACGCGAUAGACAGUGGGGUAAUAAUAGGCAGUGUUUAUUCUUUUUGUUUAUUUGCACUUUAAUAAUUAUUAUCGGAAUACGAAUAAAGUAUAUUUAGGAACCCAUAAUAUUAUAGGUAAUGCUUGAUAAAAUUACAGUGCGCGACUAUUAACGUCUUAACACUGAAACCGUAUAAGUUUGUGGCAAACCGAAGUCUUGGUAUUGUUAUAGCAUUUACUUUGUAAAGCUGGAAUUGAGCUCCGUUUUAGUUUGUAGUUGACCCUCUCAUUCAAGUCUUUUAUUCUGUCCCAUUCUUCAGACAAUAUUUCCCUCCGGGGGAUAAUUAUCUUUGCACUUCUCCGAGGCCAAAUACAUUGUGUUGGUUCCGAAGAAAAGGUUUUCCUUUAGACAAGUCGGGGGAAAACAUCUGCCUAACCUCCUUCACGACUCUGGUGCCAUCCGUCCCUAAAUUUUAACAAUGGCGCCCUUGUUUUACGUCGCUUCCCUGAAUCCAAAGUAAUUACUAAUCAUCAAUCAAAAUUAAUAAUAGUUGAUUUGGCUGGUGUGGUCAACGAUUAGGGAAGGGGAAGGUUGUAAACCUUCUCACAGCGCUUCCAGUCACUGUCGUCCAAGCUUAAGGGGGUUCGGCCCCUCUGUCUAUUGGUAUCCACUGGGAAACUACCGCCUCUCAUGGUAGCCAAAAAGUCAGGAGCUGAAUAAGGAAAUGAAGCGUAAUUUGAGGAAGAUGGAUGAGUUCGGAGGGCUACACCCCCUCCCAUCCCUCUUCUAUUGCAGAUGAUGAGCCUAGCGAGUAUGCGUGCGUGCGCGCGUGUGUGUGUGCGUGUGAGUGUGUGACAGAGGGAGAAACGGGAGUGAGAGAGAAGCGAAUAAGCGGCAGGUCGCAGUCAGCGAUUUGGCUUACUAAGGAAAGGACGGAGUAAAGGCACUCAGUAUUAACGCCAACUGAAAUCCGAAGGAUACCACGAAACGGCAAAAGGAGUACACACAUUUCGCUGUAAGGGGAUCGGAGGGAUUUCCUAACUUAAAGUGAGGAGUACUUUUAGAACAUAAAGCAAUAUUUGGUUCACGACCAGAAUGCAGAGACCAAGCGGCCAAGGUACGGCGUUUUCCAUUGAUUCGUUAAUUGGGACUCCUCAGCCGCGGCCGGGGCACCUGCUCUACACGGGUUACCCGAUGUUUAUGCCGUAUAGACCUCUGGUAAUCCCCCAAGCCCUGUCUCAUUCGCCUCUACAGUCAGGCAUCCCGCCGCUGGCCCCUUUGGCUUCGUUUGCCGGACGUCUCACCAACACAUUCUGCGCCAGUCUGGGACAGGGGAUGCCUUCGAUGGUCGCCCUUACGACCACACUUCCCAGCUUCUCUGACCCGCCGGAUAGUUUUUAUCCGCCGCAAGAAAUUCCGGGACCCCGGCUGAGCUCGGAUCCAGCGAUAAGGAGACAAGAGAGCCCCCACUCGGAGGAUUUGCCCGUAAGGGACAAGGGCUCAGAACUACUCAACUUCUCGGAAACUUUUCAGACCAUCACAGGAGAAACCAAACUCUACAGUUCAGACGAUGAGAAACUGGACCUCAAAUCAACGGAGACCCCUUGCAGCGACAGGGAGGACGACAGCUCUGCAGACAGCGAGAACGAAAGUUUCUCGGACGGGAACAAUUGUGGUUCGCUAUCGCAAAAGAACAAACUCAAAGCUGGGUCACAAGAGCCUCUACCGCCGGGAAGUUCAGCUGGAAAGAGCCGGCGGAGACGAACGGCUUUUACCAGCGAGCAAUUAUUAGAACUGGAGAAAGAAUUCCACUGUAAAAAGUACCUCUCCUUGACUGAACGCUCACAAAUAGCACACGCACUUAAACUGAGCGAGGUCCAGGUCAAGAUCUGGUUCCAAAACCGACGGGCCAAAUGGAAACGGAUUAAAGCCGGCAAUGUCAACAACAGAUCGGGAGAGCCAGUAAGGAACCCAAAAAUUGUGGUCCCCAUCCCAGUGCACGUCAACAGAUUUGCCGUCAGGAGUCAACAUCAGCAGAUAGAACAAGGAAGUAGGCCAUGAACGAUCUGAGUAAAGGUGCAAGUGUGUACGUUUCUUAUAUAAACACUGACAAAUACGCAACUUUAUUUGAACAUGCAUGACGCAUAUAGCAAGAUUUCCGGCGGCAAAAAGACGGCCACGUGGUUAUUUAAAACGGACAUUGCAUCCUUCUGUUGCAUCAUGUGUCAAAAUUGAUAGGCCUGUUAAGGUUAUUUACAAAGGUGCUAAUUAUGAUAGGAAAUCCCCUAAUAUCGGAAGACCGACUUAACGGACGGAAAAGAUUUUCAUUGUUAAAUUUGAUUACUUAAUAUCACGAAUCAAUUUGCCUGGUUGAUUUUGGAGUAUGUACACGCGUCCUUAUUUAUUAUUUUGUAAAUAUGUAAAUAUUAACUGUGUCAGAGCGACACAAAGUGCACUAUUAAAUAAGAUUGAAUACAAUUCUUUUUUAAGAAAAAUAUUUAUAUGUUAUAGUGUGGUAUACCGAGUACGUAAGUUUGAUGCAUGUUUGCUUAUCGGCCAACUUGUUGAAACCGAUUUACACUUUAUGUUGUAAAAACUCUCAUCGUUUCAGUUGAGCCCAACAAUUUGCAUGUUCCUUUUAAAUGUUGGCGUUUAGGUACCGUAGAAACUGUAUUCGACAGAUGUUUGUGAAAAAUAAAUUGUGAA